AUGUAGAAACUCUUAAAAUAUAUCUGCUUAUUUAUUGUAAACUAUUAACUUUCAUCUUUUAUUACUAAUAAUUUUCUACAUUUUCUGUCGCUAUAUAAAAAUUUAUUAAAUAAAAAGCAAAGCGAGCGCAGGUUAAGAAAUUUAAAUAAUAAAUUCUUAAUUUAAUUAGAUCAAAUAAACAUAUAUUUAUUAUUUUUAGUUAGUUUUCUUUUAGAAAGAAAGAAAUUUUUUACGCACGUUGAUUAAAUGUUGAAUAAAUUUGUUCUGGAUAAACAAACAGAUAGAAAUUUCAGUCCGUUUGAUAAAUACAUUUUUGAGUAAUUGCAUUUAAAUUCUAAUAAAAUUAAUCCCUUUCACACAGAUUGCAAAUUUACAAAGAGAAGAGUAUGCUAUUGCAACUAUCAUAAUAGCUCUUUAAUAGAGCAAAGAUCAUAAGAGUUAAACGAAGCAGUAAAUAGAUAUUUAAAGGUUGACUAUAGUGGAGCUACAAAGCAAGAUUUAAAGAGGUCACUCAUAAAUAGAUAGCUCGCUUAAGAAAAAGUUAAAAGGUUAUAGGAUUUAGAAGAUUUAUUUUACAUGGCACCAAAAUAUGAAAAGUACGUUGAAGCUUAAAAAGAAGAGGAAAAUGCAAUCUUAAGAGAAUAAAUCAUUUAGGAAUAAAAGAACAUGAUCAUUAAUGGGCAGUGCUACUAUUGUCAAACUACUCAUUCAAAUAAAUUUUAUGAGAUAAGUCCUAAUCCUGCUGAGACUGUCGUUAUCUGUGAAGAAUGCGCAAUUUCUAAUCAUCCUGAAGUAGUUACUUACAAUAACAAGCCUGCUUAAAAGCCUGAAAAUCUUAUCGAAAAGAAAAAAAAGAGGCAAGAAGCUCAAGCUAAAAGAUUACAAACUCUUCAAGCAAAGAAAUUACUCAAAAUGGGUACCUUGGAUUAAAAUUCUAAUAAGCAAAAUAAAUAAGGAAAUGAAAAAAGCACAACAAAGCUUGACAAAGAAGAUGACGAAGAUGAAAGUGACAUUUCAGAAACUUAAAAAGAAUGCAAUUGGGAAAAAUGCAAAAAGAAAAAUAAAAGUGAUCCUGAAGACAUUCUUGUUUGCAAAAAUUGCAACAAGAGCUUUCAUGCUGAGUGCUGCGAUCCUCCUCUUGAAAAGGGAAUAGUUUCAAAGUACGAUUGGUUUUGUACAGAAUGCAAGCUAUGUAUUGCUUGUAACAAAAACACUAAAGAAAAUGAAUUGCUUAUGUGCGACUGUUGUGAUAGACCAUUCCACAUGAGCUGUUUGGAACCAGCAAGAACUGAUAUUCCAGAAGGUAGAUGGUUUUGUAAAGAUUGUGAAAAAUGUCCAUGCUGUGGAGUUCUCUUAUUCUAAAAUUAUUCAAGAGAACUGCUUAAGUAGUAUUCAAAAUAAUAAGUGGAUAAUAAAAUAAUAUGUAAAGAUUGUUGGGUAUACUACCAAUAAAAAAAAUACUGUCCUAUUUGCUUCAAAAUAAUAGAAGAAAAUGCGGAAGGCUAGUUUGUGUAUUGUGAUAAAUGUGAAUUAUGGCUACAUUACGAGUGUGAAAAGAAGCUUAGCAACAGAUCCUUUAGAGAAAUUAACAGAUCAAAAUAGUUUUGUUGUAGUAAAUGUAAGGUUAUUGAAGACAGUAAGUAAAAAUGA